GCGCACACAGGCAGCGAGAACGCGCAGUUGUCAGCUUAGCAACAAUGGCCACUUCGGGCUCGUAAAGCGAAGGGGCGGUGGAGCGUUUCUUUAAAUCCACGAACAUCGCCCUAAAUAUCGGCCUGGUUUCCUUUCAGAGCUGCUAAAAAAUAAACUGGAAUCAAUUCUGCACACGAAUAUAUGAUUAUUUCCGUUAAAUAUAAAAAACUGAUAAAGAUAUUACUGAGAAAUAUUAAAAGCGAAACAUGUAAACAGAACUAAACCGGCUUGCAAGUUUUUUUCCAGUUUAGUGAAACAUUUGUCCAUGUAUGAUGGAUUUCUAUUCGUUUCUGAAUCUUUAAAAGACUCAAAUCCAAAAGCUCUGUGCACGGAAAAGGAUAAAUAAUUGAAAAAGGAGACUUUUGUCCUUUCAUCGUUUUGUGUUUUUUUUUUUUUUUUUUUUUAAAAAGAGCUCGCUCGCUAGCUGGCUAGCUUAGCUUAGCACGGCUAGCUAGCUAAACAAGGCGAGGAGAAAGUACGCAGUGUCCUUACAUUGUUUUUGAGGGUUAUUUUUUCUCCGUCAAGCGGCAAGAGACAUAAUUUUGAACGAAAGAGAGAUUGAUAAAUAACUUUAAAAAGAUUUAUGUUUCAUUGGUGUUAUUUUUGUAACAUCAGAAGAGAAGAGGCACGCGCUGCAGAAGAAGUUGGCCGGGGAUGAGUUCCGGAUAAAGCCGUGAGCAGCGCUAACUCUAAGGGACCGUGGUCGGCGGAAUAAGGCAUGCCUGGCUCGGCCCGACAUCAUGUCACCAAGCGGAAGUCGGAACCUGAAUAUAAACAACAAACGACGGCAUCCACCGGAAACGCCGACUCCAGGCUUCAUCAGACCAAAUCUACGGGCUCCUCAUCGUCCUCCUCUUCUUCUUCAUCAUCGUCGAAGCACAACAAACGCCACAAACCGUCCAAACAUGGCAGCCGGGCAGACUCUCCGGUGGAGCCCCCUGUCGUCUCCAUUAAGCCCUUGGUGGAAUAUGAUGACAUAAGUUCCGACUCGGACGAGUUCCUGGACCCUCCCGGACCACCGGCCGAGAAACCGCAGGAUGAGCUGUACCAUAACAAAGAGAUCCGAACUCAUAAACGCAAACGCUCGAGGAAAAAGUCCAAAGACCCGCACCGGGUCCGGGAGUCGGGCGACGACACGGACAGAGACGGCAAGACGAGGAAGACGGACGGCCGAGACGGAAAAGACGCAAAGAGGAAAAGCAGAGACAAGCUCGCUUCCACUGUCGGCGUCUCUCGUCCGGAGGGCGACUCGGGUUUGAGGCGCGCACCCGCAGAGUCGCAUUCGUCCUCCGUUGCUCUUCAGUUAGCCGAGUCCUCGAGCUCCGCGUCACAGAAAAGUAAAAGCAAAGAAUCUCACGAUUUGUCCCACCGGUCAUCUCACCGCUCGCACCGUAACAAGGCCGAGCACGAACACGAGCGCGAGCAUUCGGACCGCAGCCACCGCAAGGUGUCCAAAACCCGGAAAGGUGGCUCGUCUCGAACCGGGGCCGGUGGUGGUGUCUCCGUCACCGCCUCCUCCCCCGUGGAUCCAGAGGACGGGUACUUGUCCCGGCGCCGUGCGAACACCCCGAGUCCGUACCGGGACAGCUCCCGCCGGAGCAGGCAGAGGUCCGAGAGUCCGUACUCACGCCGGAGAUCCUCCAGCUACGACCGGGACGGGAGUCCGUACGGAACCAGACGCUCCUGCAGUACCAGUCCAGUGUCCCGGCGCUCAAUCCGGUCACGCAGUCGCUCUCCUAUGUACUCAUCCUCUCGUCGGUCCUCUUCACACUCGCGCAGCAAGAAACACUCUUCCCAGGGAGGAGCCAGCGGGAGCGCUGCCUCCAGGAGCCGCCCGGCCAGCCGCUCCCCUUCAUCCUCCCGCCUGCCCAUCUCAUCAAGCCUGGGGGCGGAGCUUACACGUCGGAAGAAAGAACGUCAAGCUGCAGCGGCAGCUCGGGCGGCCGCAACCCCACCUUCUCAACCUCAAGACCAGAAGGUGGAGCCGGAGUCGGCUCCGCCUCCAACACCUGAGCCAACUCCUCUAGCUCCGAAUCCAAUCAUAUCCGAAGUAACAGAUGUAGCACCGCCCCCUCCUCCACUUCCUGCAAAUUCCCCGCCCCCGCUUCCUUUCAAUUCUCCACCCCCGCUUCCUUUAAACUCCCCACCGCCGCUGCCUUUAAAUUCACCACCACCACUUCCUCUAAACUCUCCGCCUCCACUUCCUUCUUCAGCUCUGCCUACAUCUUCAGUCCCGCCAACCCAGUCCAAAAGCCCUGCCCACAAAACCACGCAAAUCAAAACCUCCACCCUUCCGCCCCUCCCUCUACCACCAGUACUACUGGGAGACUGCAGGGAUAGUCCGAAGAAGGCCACGCCCACUCACCGUACCUCAAGGAAAGAACGAGAGAAAGAAAAGGACAAAGAGAAGGAGAAAGAUGUUAGGCCACGCCUCCUUAGUGACUUGCCUCUCCCACCUUUACUACCUGGAGGGGAUUCGCCUCCGCCCCUUUCACCUGUGCAAGAAGCCCCGCCUCCUGUACAGCCCACCUACAAGAAGAGACCAAAGUUCUGCUCUCCUCGUUUUGGUGAGAAGAGACAAACCCAGAUCGACUGGGGGAAACGCUGCGUGGACAAGUUCGACAUCAUCGGCAUCAUCGGGGAAGGAACGUACGGCCAGGUGUAUAAAGCCAAGGACAAGGACACAGGUGAGCUGGUGGCUCUGAAGAAGGUGCGUUUGGAUAAUGAGAAGGAGGGCUUCCCCAUCACCGCCAUCCGGGAGAUUAAAAUCCUCAGACAGCUGAACCACCGCAGUGUGGUGAACAUGAAGGAGAUCGUCACCGACAAGCAGGACGCACUCGACUUCAAAAAGGACAAAGGAGCGUUCUACCUGGUGUUCGAGUACAUGGACCAUGACCUGAUGGGGCUGUUGGAGUCGGGCCUCGUCUCGUUCUCACACGAACACAUCCGCAGCUUCAUGAGGCAGCUGAUGGAGGGACUGGACUACUGUCACAAGAAGAACUUCCUGCACAGAGACAUCAAGUGUUCCAACAUCCUGCUCAACAACAGUGGACAGAUAAAGCUGGCUGAUUUCGGUUUGGCGCGUCUGUAUAACUCUGAGGAAAGUCGCCCGUACACCAAUAAGGUGAUCACACUGUGGUACCGCCCACCUGAGCUGUUGCUGGGGGAGGAGAGAUACACACCUGCCAUUGACGUCUGGAGCUGCGGGUGCAUUCUGGGAGAGCUCUUCACAAAGAAGCCCAUUUUCCAGGCUAAUCAGGAGCUGCUACAGCUCGAGCUCAUCAGUCGUCUGUGUGGCAGUCCGUGUCCUGCAGCUUGGCCCGACGUUAUUAAACUACCCUACUUCAACACCAUGAAGCCCAAGAAGCAGUACAGACGCCGCUUACGAGAGGAGUUCUCCUUUUUGCCCUCUCCAGCGCUGGACCUGUUUGACCGUAUGUUGACCCUUGACCCCUCCCGCCGGUGUACAGCAGAGCAGGCGCUGGCGAGUGGUUUCCUCUGUGAUGUUGACCCCAAUAAGAUGGCGCCUCCAGAUUUGCCUCGCUGGCAGGACUGUCAUGAGUUGUGGAGUAAGAAGAGGCGGAGACAGAGGCAGAGUGGGCUGACAGAGGACGCACCUGUUCAGAAAGCAGCGCAGCAGAAGGAUGCGGGGAGCACAGCCAGCCGAGAGAACAGCCAAUCAGCACCCAGCUCCUCUCCUCCCCCUCCCCCCACCACACACACUGACCUCACGGGUCUGGGUGCAGUAGCUGAUCAGCUGAAUCAGACGGAGAUGGCCGUGCUGUUGAACCUGCUGCAGGGUCAAACCGACCGUCUCACUCUCCCUCAAAUGGCUGAGCAUCUUCUUGCUUCCUUUUCCUCCUCCUCCUCCUCCUCACUUCCUGUCCCUGACUCCGCCCCAGACGCUGACUCCACCCAACAGCUGGAGCUGCUCAGCCACACCCUCUCGUCUCUCAUUCAGGCGUCCAAUAGCGCGCCGGCUCCUCCUCCUCCUCCACCUCCUCCUGCUGAAGCUCCUCAACCCGAGGCACCUCCCCCAGAAGCCCCACCCUCAGAUGACACCACCGGCCUCCUCGCGCUUCUCCUGAGCCAGCUGAUAAAAGCUCCGCCCCAGGGGGUGGAUCAAGGCGAGGAGAGCAACGGCGUCCAGUCGGAUGGGGCGGUGACGAGAAGCAGCUCCGCCUCCCUUUCUGGCACCGACUGCAAGGCAGUAGAAGUGACGCGCUGAAGAAAUAUAAAAUAAAUCAAAGUUUGUUUGUUUCAAAUCCUUAUUUUUCACUUUUCAGUAACUUUUUAAUGCCGUACGUCUCAAUUUAUAAAGUCAGUGUUGAGUUUUUUUUUUUUUAUGGGAACAAAUACACACACAAGACAUGUCUCUGUUGUCAUGUGCUGCAUCUUUCCAUGUCGUCAUUCAUAUGUCAUGUCAGCGUUUCUCAUCGUGCCUCUCGGUCAUCUCGAUAUCCUCGUUAAGGCCACGUUAACGAGCUCAAUCACACUGAAACUGACCUCCAUGAGCUUUUUCCUUACAAGUGAACCCAAGCUAGAGGUGCACCACGUUCACACCAGCAGCCGACGAGUCUCGUCGCACUUGUGGGCGUGGCCUGUCCAGAACUUUAUUUAAAGUGAGCGUAGAGUUAGAGCCGGGCCCAUCUUUACAUUAUUGAUAUUUACGUUCCGAUUCAGUAAGGGCUGUAACUCCUCUUCGCUGCUGCAGGGUUGUCUUCUAUAACCAGUCAUUUGGAGCAGAUCAAUUUGCAUAAAAUUAGCAUAAAAAUGAAGAUGCUUUGGUGUGUGCUCCUGUGAGCGCAGAGAAAACCGAGGAUACAGGAACACACACUCACACACACACACUACAUCAGUGGAGCUGUGAACGCGGUCAGAUCCGAUCCGGUGUGUUAGUGUGAGAUCGGACCAUUAUUAACCCUCAAGGUGCAUGUAAGAAUAAAGGAGUAAUGGAGCACUAACGUUCUGGUUGUGUCUCUCGUCAUUAUUCACUAAAGUGAGCGAGCAGGAGCACUGAUCACGCACAGUCCAGUGUUUAUUACUGUUUAAUAACAUGUUUCUAAUCCCUCACGUCUGCACUGGGGUUAUGAUCAGGGGUGUGGAGGAUUAUAUUAUAUACGUUACGUUUCCUCUGUCGCAGUGCGCCUCCUGAUUUUCAUCUGUGUUGUGUUUUUUCUGGGUUUGGGGGGUGUGUGUGUGUGUGAGAGAGAGAGAACCUGGUGUCACAGUAUGUGCUCUCGGCCUUCAGCGGUCGCACGUUGAAUAAAUUAUGAGCGAAACACGAA